CAAGUUAAAGAUAGACACAGUGGACGCCAGAAACUGGAAGCCGGGUUUUUAAAACUCCUGUCUCUCCCUAGAAUUUCAGAGUUGGUUAUGUAUGAUCUCAGGGGUAAUUAGCCAUUUGGCUAAAUCUGUUUUCCCAUGAAUGUACUAGCAAUCACUGUGUGCUCUAGAUGAACUGGCACUAAAAAGGUUGAAGAGGGGAUGCUGUACCUGGUCCAGGAUAAAUAGGAUUUACAAGCCCCUGGAAGCACUUGAGAAGUCUUCAAAUGCCACAAUCAACUGCUAUUUCAAAGAAAACAAAAUAGAUGGUUCUGGAAAGUCCAUGCUGUUUCUUCACUGAAUUUUAGAAUGAUUGAAGAUAGUGGAAAAAGAGGAAAUACCAUGGCAGAAAGAAGACAGCUGUUUGCAGAGAUGAGGGCUCAAGAUCUGGAUCGCAUCCGACUCUCCACCUACAGAACAGCAUGCAAGCUGAGAUUUGUGCAGAAGAAAUGCAAUUUGCACCUGGUGGACAUUUGGAACGUCAUUGAGGCCCUGCGGGAAAACGCUUUGAAUAACCUGGACCCAAACAUAGAGCUCAACGUGGCCCGCCUGGAGGCAGUGCUCUCCACGAUUUUUUACCAGCUCAACAAGCGGAUGCCAACCACUCACCAAAUCCACGUGGAGCAGUCCAUCAGUCUCCUGCUGAACUUCCUGCUCGCAGCCUUUGACCCGGAAGGCCAUGGUAAAAUCUCAGUAUUUGCUGUCAAAAUGGCUUUGGCUACACUGUGUGGAGGAAAGAUCAUGGACAAGUUAAGAUAUAUUUUCUCAAUGAUCUCUGACUCCAGUGGAGUGAUGGUUUAUGGAAGAUACGACCAGUUCCUUCGGGAAGUUCUCAAACUACCCACAGCAGUUUUCGAAGGUCCUUCGUUUGGCUACACAGAACAGUCAGCUAGAUCCUGUUUCUCUCAACAGAAAAAGGUCACCUUAAAUGGCUUCUUGGACACGCUCAUGUCGGACCCUCCUCCACAGUGUCUAGUAUGGCUGCCUCUUCUGCAUCGACUGGCAAAUGUAGAGAACGUCUUCCAUCCGGUUGAGUGUUCCUACUGUCACAGCGAGAGCAUGAUGGGAUUCCGAUACCGAUGCCAACAGUGUCACAACUACCAGCUUUGCCAGGACUGCUUCUGGAGGGGCCACGCUGGAGGUUCUCACAGCAACCAGCACCAAAUGAAGGAGUACACAUCGUGGAAGUCACCUGCGAAGAAGCUGACGAAUGCACUGAGCAAGUCCCUGAGCUGUGCUUCAAGCCGUGAGCCUUUACACCCCAUGUUCCCAGACCAGCCUGAAAAGCCACUCAACUUGGCUCACAUCGUGCCUCCAAGACCUGUAACCAGCAUGAACGACACACUCUUCUCUCACUCUGUACCCUCCUCAGGAAGUCCUUUCAUCACCAGAAGUAUGCUUGAGAGUUCGAACCGGCUGGAUGAAGAGCACAGGCUGAUCGCCAGGUACGCCGCACGGCUGGCAGCAGAAUCCUCCUCAUCUCAGCCCACACAGCAGAGGAGUGCCCCUGACAUCUCCUUCACCAUCGAUGCAAACAAGCAGCAAAGGCAGCUCAUUGCAGAGCUGGAGAACAAGAACAGAGAAAUCUUACAAGAGAUUCAGAGACUUCGAGUGGAACAUGAGCAAGCGUCUCAGCCCACACCCGAGAAGGCUCAGCAGAACCCAACCUUGCUGGCAGAACUCCGGCUCCUCAGGCAGCGCAAGGAUGAGCUAGAACAGAGGAUGUCUGCUCUCCAGGAGAGCCGGAGAGAGCUGAUGGUCCAAUUGGAAGGUCUCAUGAAGCUACUGAAGACCCAGGGGGCAGGCUCCCCACGCUCUUCCCCCAGCCAUACCAUCAGCAGGCCCAUCCCCAUGCCCAUCCGGUCGGCAUCUGCCUGUUCCACACCAACGCACACCCCACAGGACUCCCUCACUGGGGUAGGGGGAGAUGUGCAAGAGGCGUUUGCACAAAGCUCAAGAAGGAACCUAAGGAAUGACCUGCUGGUGGCUGCAGACUCCAUCACCAAUACCAUGUCCUCUCUGGUGAAGGAGCUGAAUUCAGAGGUGGCGAGUGAAACAGAAAGUACUGUGGAUUCCGACUUUGCGAGGACUCAGUUUGAGGAUCUGGUUCCAUCUCCGACCUCUGAGAAGGCUUUUCUAGCCCAGAUCCACGCUCGGAAACCUGGGUACAUUCACGGUGGAGCUACAAGUACCGUGCAUGGUGACAUGGUCCCGGAAGAUGGGGACCCUUACACGCACCCCGAGGACGGCCACUAUGAGAACGAGUCUGUGCGGCAGCUGGAGAGCGAGCUGCAGAUGGAGGAGUAUCUGAAGCACAAACUGCAGGAUGAGGCCUACCAGGUCAGCUUGCAAGGUUGAAUGCAAUGCCCUUUUCUCACUCUCCUCUCAAGCAAGCUAUAGUCAGACAGUUGAGGAAAGAUACACGCCAUCCGGUGGUGGAGAGAGCUGUGCCCACCCGACAGAGAGGAGGAAGACUGCAGCCUGGAAGCAGCCUCACCCACAGAGGAGUCACCACACCCAGCAGCUCCGACAACCCCGUCCCCUAAAGAUGUGUUCCGAUGCCCGUAGUGCAGCUAGCUUUCUGUUCUAAAAUCUGUAGUUCCUAGGUGUGUGUUGUAGAAGGGGGGUGGGGGCUCGAAACUUCCAUUCCCGAUAGUUUAUCAACUCCAUCUUCUGUAGCGUGGCUCAUCCCUGGUUCAAAGCCCACACCCACAGGCCGAGAGCCUGCUGCUAUCACACACAGAACAGCAGUGCUAACGAGCAUUUUAAACCUUUGCAUACAAAUAUUGAACCCGUUCCGUUUACAACGACAAUAUUAAUACUGUUUGUAGCUAGAAUUUUCAUUUCUGGAUUCUUUGAGAUUUUAGCAAAGACAGUUAUAUUGUAUACUUUACAUUUCCCCCCACAGCAACUGGGAAGGGGGCGGGAGCAGGGGCUGGGGACAACAAUCUACAAUAAGAUUUAGUUUUUGAGUGUCCAAACUCAGGACCCAGGAGCCAAGAAGGGUCCUUGGCCUGCCCAUGUCCCCAAGUCCCUAUGAAAAACGACUUAAACCUACCAACAGAAAUAAUGGGUUCUUGGGAGCUUAUUUCCAACUCGGAUUGUUUUCCUUCAACCUACUCUAAUGAAUCAGCCAUAGAAUUUAGUGUAAAUACUUUUUCCAAAUAGAUCUCAUAUUCAAAAAAAAUGAAAAGAGAGACAACAAGCAAAUGAUAUAGAAUCUAGUUUUUAAAAAUCAACACAGAUCUUCUUUUAAAACUGUGAACUAUGUUUUGGAAUACUCGUUACUAAAGCUGUUUAUAAACCACAGGUGCCAUAAGACCCCCCCCAGCGGACUCCGGUUAUCUGCACUCCUCCAGGUCUUGCUCUCCACAUUGUAUCUUUAGGAAGCAUGUCUUACACAGCACUGCUCAUUGACAAGUUCCCUCAUCGGUAGUCCCGAGGCCUUCAGCUUUAAACGUAUGGGCUUAAAGUGCGCUUGCUCCGCUUUUCUUUCUGAAUGUUGACUGCCUUACCUGGCCACCUGGUGUUCUGCAUGCAGCAGCUGUGUGGGCAUGUGAAAGGAGACAGACAAGCUCUUCAGUGUGGCACUGGGAUUUCACCCUCAGUUGGAAGCUGGUGUGUAAGAGAACUGUCAAAGACAAGAGGAUAAGAGCCUGUGGACUGAUGGUCCCCUUCUCGAGGCCCCUCAUUAGAGAGACCUCAGAGGAGCCUCCCUUAGCAAUUCUGGCAAAACCAGAAAAGUAAUUGAUUGUUUCCAGAUCUGAUGUAUAGGAGAAAGAAAAAGCCAGACACCCGUCGGCUGUCUUAAAACUAGAAGCCUUUCUUGAAUUCCUGUUUUUUCUUCUAAAAGAGAGAAGGGAACAUCAUUUCAGAAGAGUGAUUUGCUCAGAAUGUGUCUGUCAGACCAGCAAUGUUAAUGUCACCCAGAAGUCUUACCAAUGUGAAUUCCUAGGCUCCCACCCAGACCCACUGAAUCAGAAACUCUGGGUCUGGGCCUAGUGACCCAUGGUUUAAUGGCCCCUCCCCCAACAGUUCUGAUGCGUGCUAUGAAGUGGAAAUCAUUGUUCUAGAAUAGAGUUGUAUAGGAAAGAAUAAAAAGGGCCUUAUCCAGUGCUAGGGUGUGACUCAACUGGCCAAGGGUUUGCCUAGCUUACACAAAGCCCUUAGUCCAAACUUCCAGGGCUGUAUAAACCUGGCAUGGUGACUCGUGCCUAUGAUCCGAGCACUCAGGAGAUUGGGAGUUCAAGGUCAUCCUCAGCUACAUAGUAAAUUUGAGGCCAGCCUGGGAUAUAUAUAACACCCUGUCUUGAAGAAGCAUGGGUGGGGGUGGUAUAUAGAAUAAAUUUUAAAAAAUAUUCUAAGUGGACCUCAGAUUUAAUUUCUCCCACCCCACCCUCUUGGUCUGUGACUGAGAGGCUGAGGGCUCACUUUCUGGCCCCACCGUCUGCAGGCAGAGUGCUAUUUGUGUCCUCACCUCUGCAUUUGGUCAGAAACUAUCUCCAGAGCUGCCCUUUAAACAAAUCAGCUUGAGGACAGCCGAGGGCAUGAUUGGCAUCAGUAGAGGAUCCCAUGCUGUCCCCAGGUGUUCUUAGUCUAUUUUCUUCCAGAAAACCCACCUCGCAAAAUCCCCUGAGCACAGGCUAGCACCAAAGUCGCACAACUGCACAGUUCUCUGAUUUCUUUGCACAGGUGGAUUUUGUUGUGGGUUCUGUUGGCGUGUCUUACCGUUCAUCUCGCUUCCCCUGCCCAUCAUCUUCUGUGAAACCACACCUCUCUAGAUGGUGCAGGUGGCCUUGGUGCCUCAUACUCAGUACUGAAAACCACUACAUCCCAGAUACCUACAUCUCUGUCAGCGCAAAUCACCGUCACAUAGUACUCAGACCCUACUGGUGACCCUCAGUCACUGGCUGGGCUGAACUGACCCAUGUCGUCUCUUUGGUUUUCUACAUUAAAAUGUGUGUCUAAGGUCAGAACCAUUCUACUAAAAACCUUCCCUCGUGCCACAGUUCCAUUACCCAGCAGCUCCAUCCCUCGGUAUCGACUCCAUCCUACAAAGCCAUUGCAAGAACUCUCUGGAAACCACUACCAGUGAGCAAUUUCUCACUAACCAGCCACCUUUUCUUUCCCUUAGCUCCACGUCAGCACUGAGACCAGACUCAAGCACCCCUGUCCUGUAACCGAGACAAAAUGGCGUGUGUUGUUUUGGGGUUUUGUGAUUGU